AUGACCUACGACGACAAGGACGACAACUUCAAAGCUACCAUGUACCCUUCACAGGGGGAGUACCUUUCUGAGGUUGAGCAAGUUGAGUACAAUCCUCAGGUUGAGUACGACUCCCAUAUUGACUACAGUCUGGACCCCACUCCGGAGUUUCCCGAAAAUGGGACUCUCAAGGACGCUCUCAAGGACACACUAGCUACGACCACCUCUGUCAAUGACGAGUCAGUCCGAGAGGGAAGCGUUGACCCCAAUAAUGAGAAGGAUGGAAUCGACUACGAGUAUGAGGAGAUCUAUAUGGAGCACGAGCAUUACUCUCACACUUGGGCCAACUACACCGACGAGUGGAAUCCUAAUGGGUUGAGAAAGGUUGAGGAUGGAGAUAUCGCACUCCGAAGAGUCUCUGGACCAGUUCCAAAGAUUACCUACGUUUUGGCACUUGUGGAGUUUGCCGAACGAGGCUCUUACUACGGUCUUACAAACGUCAUCUCCAACUUUGUUCAGUUUCCUCUUCCAAAGGGGGGCAAUGGCUGGGGAGCUACCCCGAAGGACUCUCAGCUUACAGCUGGAGCUCUCAACCAGGGUCUUCAAGUAGCCACGGCUAUUACUCUUGUUCUCAAUUUCCUUUCCUACCUGACACCUCUUCUUGGUGCUUAUCUUGCGGAUGCCAGAUACGGACGAUACCCCACUAUUUGGGCAGGAACUAUUGUUUGUGGAAUUGGACACGUUAUUAUCGUUAUUGCUGGUGUUCCUGGAGUGAUUGAAGCCCAAAAGGCUUCUCUGGGUCUAUUCAUUGCGGGUCUGAUUAUCUUCGCGUUUGGAACCGGUCUGUUCAAGCCCAACUUGCUUCCGUUAGUGAUGGAACAGUAUCGAGAAGACGAUGAUUGGGUCAAGACACUUCCAUCUGGGGAACAAGUGGUGAUAAACAAGGAGACCACUCUGCAGAGAAUGACCCUGGUUUACUACUGGGCUGUCAAUGUCGGUGGUUUCCUCGGUCUGGGCACUGCUUAUGCUGAGAAACGAAUUGGUUACUGGCUCGCCUUUCUCGUACCUACUAUCCUCUACUUCUUCCUACCUGCUCUUCUCUACAUCAUCCGAAACAUGGUGUACAAGGUCCCGUCCUCUAAAAACUCCAUCAUUGCUGGCUUCUGUGGUGUCAUUUACCAGUACAUUUUCCGCAAGAAGUCCACCUAUCCUCCCAAGUUUGUGCACGAUGUCUGGUCCACUCUUAAAGCCACUAUGUUCUUUCUCUUCUACCCCGUCUACUUUAUUAACGACAACGGUAUUGGUGCCCUUUCGAACUCCCAGGGUGCUUCCAUGAUCACCAACGGAGUGCCCAAUGAUCUCAUUAACAACUUCAACCCGUUAACUAUCAUUGUGUUUGUGCCUAUCAUCAACUAUGGAUUGUAUCCGCUGCUUCGAAAGAUGAGAAUCAACUUCAGAGCUUCCUUCCGUAUCUUCCUGGGAUUCAUGCUCGCGGCUUUUUCUCCAAUGAUUGGAGCUAUCCUGCAGUGGCAGAUAUACGAGACAUCUCCUUGUGGAUACUACGCGACCAAUUGCGAGGAAGGUGUAGCCCCAAUUACAAUCUGGUGGCAGGUGUUCCCCUACUUCUGUACAGCACUGUCUGAAAUUUUUGCAGUAACUACUUCUUAUGAGCUGGCCUACCAUCUGGCUCCCUACAAGUUGAGAUCCAUCGUCCUUGCUCUGCUGCUGUUCAUGUCUGCACUCAGUACAGCAAUCCAGACAGGUAUCACACCUGCUCUUAAGGAUCCAUACCUCAUCUGGCCAUUUGUGGGUAUCUGUUGUGCCGGUGUUGUUUUUGCAAUUGCUUUCAUCAUCAUCUACUGGAAACUCGGAAAGGGAUUGUCCACCAAGCUAUAG